CCAAUACCUAAACAUCGCAGUUGCUUUCAUUUUAUGAUGGUCCCACCAAAAGAGAAACGAGCUCGGGCAGCAAGGGACAUUCGCGCAAUCAUGUUUCCAUCCAAUAGGCUCCUGCCACGUGGCGCGACGGCAGUGGGCCUGUUUACUCUUUACCUUGCUUUCAUCGCAGCUCUCAUUUUCCCUCCGAUUUUCCCAUCAAUUUAUCGCCGGUGAUAUUUACUGAGACGGCAUAUAAAAAUUAUCUGACUUUGCAUUUUCACUUUCCAAAAAAAAUUGAGUUCCAUAAAAAAAGCAGGAAUAAUGGCGGAGAUUGAUGAGCCGUUGCUGCGGCGGCGCCUCGCUGGAGAGGAGAAGGCGACAGAGCUUGAGGAGCCGGGUAAUAGCAGCAGCGCUGUUGCUGAGAGAAAACCUGCUCGACUGGCUUCGCUCGAUGUUUUCCGAGGCCUCUGCAUUUUUCUAAUGAUGCUUGUAGAUUAUGCUGGCUCGAUUUUCCCAGUUAUUGCUCAUGUUCCGUGGAACGGUCUCCAUUUGGCAGACUUCGUGAUGCCAUUUUUCCUUUUUGUAGCUGGAAUUUCUGUGGCCAUUGUGUACAAGAAAGUUUCUAAUAGAGUCGACGCUACAUGGAAGGCCCUCCUUAGAGCACUGAAACUAUUUAUCCUUGGUGUAUUUCUUCAGGGAGGAUACUUUCAUGGCACUACUUCAUUGACAUAUGGUGUGGACAUUGAAAAGAUAAGACUGUUUGGAAUUUUACAGAGAAUAGCAAUCGGAUAUGUUGUAGCGGCAUUAUGUGAAUUAUGGCUUCCAUUUCAUAGGUCGAGAAGCGAAGGUCUCCGCAGAAUUUAUAAUUGGCAAUGGUGUGUUGUAUUGUUGCUGUCUGUUGUGUAUUUAGGGCUCUUAUAUGGCUUGUAUGUACCGGAUUGGCAAUUUGUAGUGCAAUCGGAUUCCUCCAUGGCGACAGCAAGUAAUUACACAGUUUAUUUGGUUAAAUGUUCUGUAAGAGGAGAUCUCGGUCCUGCAUGCAACUCUGCUGGAAUGAUAGACCGUGACAUUCUUGGAAUUUAUCAUCUCUACACAAAGCCCGUUUACAGGAAUCUAAAGGAAUGCAGCAUAUCUGGUGACGGACAAGUCCCACAAACUUCACCCUCAUGGUGUCACGCCCCUUUUGAUCCUGAAGGUAUUUUGAGUUCACUGACAGCUGCAGCGAGCUGCAUUAUCGGACUCCACUAUGGACACAUUCUAAUACAGUUUCAGGAUCACAAAGAGCGGCUAUGGACCUGGGCCAUAUUCUCAGUUUCAUUGAUGUGCCUGGGUUCGUUACUUGCCCUUGUAGGUAUACCACUUAACAAAUCUUUAUACACAAUCAGCUAUUUGAUGGUUACCUCUUCUGCAGCUGGAAUCACUUUUUGCCUACUCUAUGCACUGGUUGAUGUUUAUGGCUGGAGGCGCGUGACUUGUGCAUUCGAGUGGAUGGGAAAGCAUUCUCUGGCUAUCUUCAUUCUCGUAACAUCAAACAUAAUAGUCAUACUUGUUCAAGGGUUCUACCUCAACUCUCAUGAUAAUAACAUUAUAAACUGGAUUAUAACGCGGUUCGUGCACAAGUGAACGGUCCAACCUGUUCCAAUGCAGAAUAUCUGGGAGAUCCCCUUCUCACAUAUGACAGUAUCAAGCGAUUGUGAUAAGAAGAAACUGCUGCUUAAAUGGAUGUGGAUUGCUGUCAUUUUUCUUCAUGUGAUGUGAUUGAUGAUCUCUAGCAACAAGUCAAACUAACAGGUAAUUAAAUAAGGUGAUCUUAUUAUUUCCGCAGUGUAUUAUUCAGAUGAAUUUUUAUUACGAAGUGAGCACACAUGACGUACGUUAAUGAUUCAAGAAUUAAAAAUAUAACAAUAUUUGAAAUCAAUGAAGCAUCCUAGGAUGGCCCAAACUAUCAGUGGGUGGAUUUGUUGGGCCAAUCUUGUCAGUUGUUGGACUUUUAACGGACCCCAACACUUAUAGCUGCCCUUUUUUUUUUUGCUUUGGAAUAUACUAUUCUUUUAGUUUCAUUAAAUUUUGUACGUAUUUUUACAGUGGCUUUUUUUUGUUGAUUAUAAUUAUUUUGUU